GGGCUGCUACCUUUACUCCAGAGAGGUCCCCGGCCUUUGCUGUACCUACAGCCCAUCCCCGCACCUACAGCCCUUCCCCAACCCUUUCCUGGGGGGUAGGCCCUGGAGCCUGGGUGCAUUUAGGAUCUUCCCGUGGCAGUUGUGAGGGAGCCCGGAGCUGGCUGGGAACCCUGUCUCCAUCACCACAGCUGGACCAAGGCCCCUGUCCCUGCUCCUUUCUUAGGGGUGUGAUCACUUCCUGCUCAUGUCACAGCUUCAGAGAACACCCUUAGGGAAGUUUCAGAAGGCCAAGGGGGCCCCUGGGUGUGAGGACUAAAAGGAAGAGGAGUCAAGGCCAGCUGCUGGUGGGAUGGAAAUCCUGCAGGAGGUGAUUUGGACCAAUGGGAGCACAGUGCUGCCCCAACCUCUGGCUCCCAACAUCAGUGUGCCACAUCGCUGUCUGCUGCUGCUCUACGAGGACAUUGGCACCUCUAGGGUCCGGUACUGGGACCUCUUGCUGCUCAUCCCCAAUGUGCUCUUCUUCAUUUUCCUGCUCUGGAAGCUUCCAUCUGCUCGGGCCAAGAUCUGCAUUACCUCCAGCCCUAUUUUUAUCACCUUCUAUAUCCUGGUGUUUGUGGUGGCGCUGGUGGGCAUCGCUCGGGCCGUGGUCAGUAUGACGGUCAGCACCUCGGAUGCUGCAACUAUUGCUGAUAAGAUCCUGUGGGAGAUUACCCGCUUCUUCCUGUUGGCCAUCGAGCUGAGUGUGGUUAUCCUGGGCCUUGCCUUUGGUCACCUGGAGAGCAAGUCAAGCAUCAAGCGUGUGUUGGCAAUCACUACUGUGCUGUCUCUGGCCUACUCUGUCACCCAGGGGACACUGGAGAUCUUGUACCCUGAUGCCCAUCUUUCAGCUGAAGACUUUAACAUCUAUGGGCAUGGGGGCCGCCAGUUCUGGCUGGUCAGCUCCUGCUUCUUCUUCCUGGUGUACUCUUUGGUGGUUGUGCUUCCCAAGACCCCUCUGAAGGAGCGUAUCUCCUUGCCUUCGAGGAGGAGUUUCUAUGUGUACGCAGGCAUCCUGGCGCUGCUCAACCUGCUGCAGGGGCUGGGAAGCGCGCUUCUCUGCGCUGACAUCAUCCAGGGGCUCUGCUGUGUGGACGCCACCACGUUCCUCUACUUCAGCUUCUUCGCACCCCUCAUCUACGUGGCCUUCCUCCGGGGUUUCUUCGGCUCGGAGCCCAAGAUCCUCUUCUCCUACAAAUGCCAAGUGGAUGAAACUGAGGAACCAGACAUGCACCUGCCCCAGCCCUAUGCUGUAACACGGCGGGAGGGUCCAGAGGCAGCAGGUGCUGCCAGCACACAUUUCGACUCAGCCGGCGGGGUGUCCUACCUGGAUGACAUUGCUUCCAUGCCCUGCCAUAUGGGCAGUAUCAACAGCACGGACAGUGAGCGCUGGAAGACUCUCAAUGACUGAGUGCGGUUAUCCUGGUUGGAAAGAGUGCUGGGGCCCAUGGAGGGCAGACGGAAGAGGAGGUCAGGUAGCGCAGAGUCCCUGAAGGUGGAGGAUAAGGUCAUGAGACCUUGUGGGUGGCAGUAAUGUGCAGGCCCUAUUCUUCCCACUGGGCCCCUAGUUCCCCUCAGCCGCCUCUGCUCUAGCUGCCCCUCUCCCUUCCAUCUGCCCUUGCCCUGUUCUGCAGCAUGACCCAGACUUUGAUCUCCCAGGGCAAGGCUUGGCUAGACUAGCUGAGGGCACUUCUUUUCUCCCAAGGAGAAAGUCUGGGCAUCUUGGACUGAUCUGACCCCCUCCCUACAGCACUUUGGCCUUCUUAAAGCCCACUCUGGUAGGUGGGCUGAAGAGUGUAUAGUUUCUUGAUAUAUUUUUUAAUAAAAAUGAAAAGGAGUAGAAGGUGUUGCUGUGGAGAUUCUGCAGGAAUACUGUGACUGGUUCCUUUUAGGAGCUCAAGGGCCAGGGUAUUCAGAUGUUCUGGCAGAUCCCUCUGUAUCCUGAGCCCAGGGAGGUCCAACCAAGGACCACUGCUAGCAGGUAGGCCCUGCUGGCUGCUGGGAGGUGGAGUGAAAUCUGACCCUAGCCAUCCCCAUUUGAGUGGAGGAGACAAAUGUGGAAAAAGAUUUGUGUUUCUGUGGACUUUUUUGUUGCCCUGUUGAAGAGUGUAGGGGUUGGAAUAAACUCUUUGGGUCCUGUCCUAUCUCUCCUCUUUCUGCUCCAUUGACUUGAGCCAUCCACUCCCUCCUGCAGUUCCAGUUCUACUCUCUGUAAAAGGGGAUAAGAAGCCCUGUCCUGCAAGGAUUUUGUAAGGACUAGAAAAUAGUGUGAAUGACUGGCAUUUGGGAAUGUAACAGUAAUGAUAGUGUAUUAUUUUUAGCCUUUAGAAUAGAGCUUGGCAUGCAGUAGGCACUCAGAAGAUGGGAUACUGGGGGAUGAUAUUCAUAAUAAGAAUGGAUACAAUGAGGUAAAAUGGGGAAAGUCAGAGUAAAACGAUGGGU